GUAAUCAGGAGAGGGAGCCCGCACGCCAUGGCGUGACUCUGGCUGGCUGGCUGGCUCCCCCCCCACAGCCCCCACUGAGCCCGCUUUUUGUUGCUGCUGCAACAGAGGCUCCAGGCUUUCCGCAUUCUGAUGUCUGGCCUUUGCCUGCGUCUUUUGUGGGGCCCUUGUUUUAGCCACCUUCCCUCAUUCUCUUCCCCCACAUCCCCGACCCUCACUGCAAACCUCUCGCCACGCCCCGCGAUCCAUGCCCCUGUCGUCGUCGACCUACUCCCGUCGACCUACCACGACGAUCUCUUUCUUCGCUGAGGUGGGUGUCUAAAAGUGCUCGCUAUCCGGUUCGGUUUCGAACGAGGGGACAGUACCAGAGGGUCGUUGAGAGGAUUGUGGGUUGCGGAGCUGGGGAGAGGGAGGUGAGGGGAUUGCAUGGAGGUUGUUGGUGGGUUGGAGGUGGAGGUGAAGCUCGGAGUUGCGGGAGGCUUUCGGUGGUGGUGUUUUGCGUUGCUUGGCUGCUCAGUUCGAGAUCUGCCUUGGUGAGUUUUCCCCUGGGACAUUUUGCGGAACCAAGUGUAUCGGCUUGCUCUUCGAGUUUUUUUGGCAUUUUGGAUAUUUUUCGGAUUCCUACUGGCACUCUCUAGGUCUGAGAUCUGUACUCCUAAGACUGUUGCAUCCUAAGCCUUGAGCACACGUAAUUUUCUAGCACGCAGUUAUUUUAGGAAACGAAGCCUUUUGCGAAGAUGUGAAAGAGUUUGGAUCCUUGAAGCCUUGUCUCAGCAGGUAGCAAUUCAUCGUGCAAAGAAUUUUUUACGUUUACGGUAUUCCGUGGUAUCCUUGAUAUCCCUGCAGUUUGUCAAGAGUUUUGUGAGUACUGUGUGAUCACUCUUUUGUAGAUGACUACAGCUGUGUGUGGAUUUCUGGAUUUUCAAUUUUUGCUCUUGGCCUUUGGAAAAUAAAAAGACUGCUCCGCCGCUCAAAGAACUAGUGCGCGUAUUAUGUUAAUAUUGAUCGUGUAGAUCUCACUUGGUGUUGUAAAUAUUGAACACUUGCCCUUACUAUUUGUGGUUCCGCAGAGAAUUUAGAAAAUGUAGUCUUAGGAUGUGGAGCUUCUCAGCCGAUAGCUUCACCAUCUCUACCUAUGUCUGAGUUUUUGUCUUCAGGUCAGGGACAAAGUGCUGUUUUAGGUAAUAUGCUGGCUUAGUGACCUUGGAGACUUGAAGCUGAAUGAAGCCUCCUAGUGGGCAGAGACUACUGUGGCCGUGCGGUCAAAGGGGCUGGCGGCCUAGCAGAAAGCCACCUGUGAAUGGGAUUUUUGUGUGAUUUGAAGUGAGGUCCCUUACAAAACUGGGCUUAUGGUGGAAAAGAAUGCAUCUAGGGAUGGCGGUACUCCUGCGAGAAAUGGACAUAAUCAGCAGAUGGCGGGGAAUCAAGUAGACGCAAGACAUGGAGGAUGUAACUUCUUUGCUGGUAAUAUGAAGGACCUUAGCAGCCUGAAGGAAUGGAGAAAGUUAUCAACUGCAUGGAGGCUGUUGGUCUUGGUAGUCAUUGGAGCUAUUGGUUUAUACACGUGUAUGGUGGGCGUGGGCACAAGACAAUUCUCAUACGAGUCUGUGCAAGAAGUGAUCGUGAAGGAUUGGAGACGAGAAGAUGAUUCUUGUUCUCGACGUGGUCCUUCUGUAGAUUUCUACCAGCACUAUCCACUUCCGCAUGCAUAUGAGAGGCAAGAGUGCACUUGCACUCCUGUGCACUAUUUUGUAAUAUUAUCAAUGCAAAGAUCAGGAAGUGGAUGGUUUGAGACUCUACUCAAUAAUCACCCAAAUAUUAGCUCCCAUGGCGAGAUCUUUUCCGUCAAGGAUCGGAGAGAAAAUUUUUCCUCUAUCGCAAAAACCAUGGAUAAAGUCUACAACUUAGAUUGGCUGAAUAGUGCUGCUAAGAAUGAAUGUACUGCAGCUGUUGGUUUCAAGUGGAUGCUCAACCAGGGACCGAUGGAAUACAACAGGGAGGUCAGGGAAUACUUUGAGAGAAUGGGUGUUUCUGUGAUUCUUUUACUUCGACGGAACGUGUUGAAGCGGCUAAUUUCAAUCUUAGCAAAUGCAUACGAUCGUGUAGUAAAGCCUCUGAAUGGCACUCAUAAGUCGCAUGUUCACUCUGUUGAAGAGGCUAUGAAACUGGCAGAAUACAGGCCAGUCGUAGAUGCGAAGCAUUUGUUUGAAAACUUGGCGCGAGUUGAGCAGAUAACUGAUGACGCCCAACGGUUCUUCAAUAACACUCGGAUCAGAGUUGUUCACUACGAAGAUCUUGUGGUGGAUCCUAAGUAUCUGUCCGAAAUCCAACAUUUUUUGGGGGUGCAACCCCGGAAGCUAGAAAGCCAGCAAGUUAAGAUCCAUACACGACCACUGAGAGAACAAAUCCAAAACUGGGAUGAGGUACUGAUUCAUCUGAAAGGGACAAAGUAUGAGAGUCUUCUUCAGGAUGACGGAUACCCGUGAUCAAGAGCGUGGGCUGCCAACUGAUACAUAUAUGCUUCUUUUGUACAACAGCAUCCCUGUGUAAGUAGCAAUACUUCGUGACUGGUUUGGUGCAUAAACCGUGGAUAGGUUCGAUUACUGGUAUGAUGGUAACUCUGGAAGAUGAUUUUCUUAGAAUGCCAUUCCAGCUCCUUUGAUUUUUGGCAUGUCGCUAAACCAUGUCAAUAAUUGCUUGAGCUUGACACUCUGCAAAAGCGGGACUUUUUUUUUCCCCAAUAUUACUUAGCCGAUUUCCUCACUUUCUAUUGGAAAGUCCUCGAUGUUUUUUUAGUACA